AUGCUGACGGCACCCACGCCGCAAGACACGGCGGCAGAGGGCGGCGCGCCCACGCUGGCGCGGCCCACGCAGGAUGACAUUCCGAGCCUGGCACAGAUGCGGGCCCGCGCCUUCAGCGACAAGGCCUGCUGCUGCCAGUCCGUGUCGUCGGCGGCAGACGAGAACGCAAGGGUCUACCGCGAGUACGCCCAGCGCUUUCCGAGGAAGCUCGAGCACUGCUGCGUGGUGCGCACUCCCGGGGGGGCCGUCCUCGGCGCGAUCCAGCUGGCGUUCCCCGAGGACCCCGGAGAUCUCUCGAUGCCCUCUGCCAUGCGCCACAAGGUGCGGCACGGCGAGUGCUACGUCGAGUGGGUCGCGUUGGACGAGGCCGCGAGAGGCUCGCUGGACCUGAAGGCGGCCCGCGGAACGACGUUCCAGCGGCCGAGGUGCCCCUUCCGCGCAGCAGCGGGACAGAUGCAGGACCCGCCACAGGACGCGGCGGCGCACGAGCUGCAGGAGGCGGUGCCUCCGCCGCCCGUCCGGUACCUGCAGCGGGCCAACUCGCACGACGCGCCGCAGCCCAAGGGCUCGCGGACCCGCUCCGCCGUGCUGGAGUCGCUGAGGUUUCGCUCCCAACAGCAGAUCGACGCCGCCGAGCAGGCGCACCUCAAGGCGCUGGAGCGCCACACGCAGGCCGAGGAGAUAUGGCGGAAGCAUCAGCGCCAGGCGGAGGUCAAAGGAGCGUCCCUGGGGCCCGGCGCGCACCGGCCAGCCGCACACGGUCCCGUGGUCAUCAAUGUCGCGUCGCCGUCGUUUCGGGCGCGCGCGGGCGCCGUGCGCGGCCUCUCCGCGCUCGCGGAAGUCGAGCCCGACGCCGGCGCCCGCGACGACAACCCCGAGGCCCAGUCCCUGCGCUCAGAGGACCCCCACACCCCCUCCUCGCACGGGCCGCUCGUGGCCACCGUGAGCUCGCUGUCGGCGCCGCACGUCGCCCCGGGCCUCCUCGCGUCGAAGAAAUCGUGGAUCGGCGCCGCCGCGGACGCGGACAUGCUCGCGCCGCUGUCCAUCGAGGACCCGCAGCGGGAGUUUGCGCGCAGCCUGUUGUCGCCCGUCUCGCUGUCGGUGCGCAGCAGCCGCGUCGCCGCGCACGACUCGCGGGAGUCGCUCCUGAGCCAGGCGGUCUACCCGAUGCGCACGUCGUCGGGCGCCACGCUCAUCGACGCGCACGGCACUCUGGGGCGCGUGGGGCCCGCGAAGGACGCCUCGCGGAGGUCCGUUGGGUUCCGCGCCACGAACGGCUCGGAGAGCGGCGACGUGGUGGGCGCGCUGGACGCCGGCGCGCCCCGCCGGCGCGCCCGCCCCCCCGGCCCACGGGCCCUCGCGACGGUCAAGUCCGGCGUGCCGAUGCGGGAGCACGAGACGCCGAUUCCGCCGCGGGAGUCCUCUGAGGGCCGGCGAUCGAGCGCGGGCCUCACGCAGACCGCGCCGGCGCGGCCGUCGCCGCGGAGGAGCGACAGCGCGUCGCAGCUGCUGCGCGACGCGGGCGACGGGGCGCUCAAGAUCAUGGAGCAGGUCAAGGAGCUGCGGAGGGAGGACGUGCAGAAGAAGGGCGAGCGCCGCAAGAGCAUGCAGUACCCGACUUCGCACGCGGGCGACGCGGGCGGCAGCAGCGCCAGCGCCUCCCCGAUCACUCACACUGACGUCGCGGUCGCGCCGCCGGCGCCCACGGGCACCUCGCGCAAGGGCGCGUUCGUGACGCUGCGGGCGCGGCAGAGGGUCUACAUGUCGGACGUCGCGGGCCUCCACAACCUGUGGAACGAGGCCCUCUUCUCCUGCGGGAUGCAGGGCGACGUGCUGCGGUCCGACCUGAUCCGCCUCACGGAGACGUUCGAGCCGUCGAAGCUCGGGAUGUCCCACCCGGCGAGCGGGCGCAUCCUCGAGGAGCUGUGCAAGAAUCUGCGCAAGCCGCGGGACGGCGCCGCCACGACGUCGCUCACCACGGUGACCUUCCGCGACAUGGUGGAGGCGGCGUGGCCGAACGCGCGGCCGCCCGAGGUGACGGAGAUCAUCCACAUGGCGCGCGACGCGCAGCGCGUGCCGGAGUGGAUGGCCCCGUUCGAGUACCACGCCGUGGCGUCCAUGUUCCGCGCGAUCGACGAGGUCGAGGGGCGCGGGCACAUCAGCGCGAAGCAGUUCGAGAGCUUCCUCUCGGCCGUCGGGGAGGUCGUGCACGGGCGGAAGGCCACGAACCGGACGCUGCUGCGGCGCCGCAUCGACCGGCUGAUCCAGAACAACAAGACGUGGGGGGGGGUGUUGGACGUGGACGGCGUGGUGGAGUGGUGGCGCACGGUCAACCCGAAGGAGGAGCAGCCGCUGUCCGCGGAGAUCGCGGCCGCGCUGGGGCAGCCGGGGUCGCCGAUGAUGAAGCGCGUGAUCGAGGUCAUGGAGAAGGCGUCUCCGUGGCGGCAGCACUGA